UGCCGCGUUCCUAUUGGUGGGCUACCCCUGUGCCCCGCCCCCGGCUCCGACUGGCGCUGCCCGCGCGGGGCUGGGGCGGGCUCGGUGUUGCCUUCGGUGGGCGGCUGAUCCGGCUGCGCCUUCUGCCCCCCAUGGCGCUGCUGCUGGACCUGCUCCGCCGGCUGCUGGAGCUCCUGGGCUGGCCGCCCCACCAGGCCGUAUUUUUUGAAACUCGCAUGUUUGGCAGCAGUGUCACUCGUGCAAUCAGAACAUGCCUUCCUUCAGCAGUCUCAUCAGGAAGGCAUCUCCAGCAGUUGUACACCAUAAUAAGGAAGUGUCAAAUCAAGGUCACAUCUGUUUGCCAAAAAAAGCAAUAUGGAUCUACUCGAAGUGUUGUCCGGAGACUUGGGACAAUUCUUUCCUUGGAGCCCUACCCAAGACCUUAUUUUCAACUUGUUCAAGACCCAAGUCCAUUGGGUUACGAUGAACAAAGUGCAGCUCCAACUCCUGUGGCUCCAUCACUUGCUGAUGUCCUGUGGGUGGCAAAUGAUGAAGGACAGGCUUUUACUAGACUUAGGACUGAAUUAUGGAGAAAAGAGAAACGUACAGCUCAUCAUGACCUAUAUCCAUCUAUAGAUUCAAUACAGAGCAUUCCAAAAAACAGCGCACAAGAAGACAAUAUUGAUCAAGCAGCACUCCAGAAGAUUUCUGCACUUGAAGAUGAGCUAACCUUUCUUCGUGCUCAGAUUGCUGCAAUUGUUUCAGCGCAGACACUGGGAAGCUUUCCAUCACAAGCCUUUAAAACACCCAGCACUCCAGAUGGAUUUUACCCAGUGCCAGCCAUGACUUCCACACCAUUGUCCGUCUCUCACAACCACUUUGUAAUUCCCUUGCCUCCUCCACUUCCUUCUGGUGUACCAUCUGGUGUUGAUUCUAGUAAAUCUGCAAUGGAACUUAUAAAACAACGCCGUGCUGCAAGAAACGGUGAUUCCAGUGCAGCUGAUAGUGCUGAUCACCAGAAGACAAAGAACGUUCCUAGUAUGAUGGAAGUUUUGAAAGACCUAAACAAAGUUCAGUUGCGAGCUAUUGAGAGGUCUCCUGGAGGUACUCCUCUUUCUAGACCCCAAAAGAGGCAAAGUUCAGAUUGGGAUCCAGUUGCUCUACUAACUCAUGCACUAAAGCAGAAAUUUGCACAUAAAAAUUAUGAUGAAGAUGAUUCUCUGGACAAAGAAAAUCGAUCUUUUGAUAACUCUCCAUUUUCUAGUCCGGAGAUCCCAACGGUUGGACGUUGCAGUCUGAAGCUAAAUGCAAAACCUAGCCUUACAAGAACUGAUGAAGUUGAACAGGAAUCCUCCCUACUUCAUGGCAGCCAUAACUGCUGCUGACUGGGACUCUGCAUUCGGACAGUUCGUGGUCAGGAGUGACGGAUGACAUCAGGCAUGCGCAGGACAAAGAGAGGGGAGAGGAAUGGAACGUGAGGAUCAGAAAGAAACCCAGCAGAACCUUGGGCCUGUUGGUGAGGACCCUUACAGCUUCUGCUUUGCCAUUUCUUCCCUUUGCACGGUCUCAACAACAGGCUCUUGGCUACUCGGGAUCUUACUUGCUGCUGUGACCAAGACGGAGAUAGCAGUGCUAUACGGAAAAGUGCAAAGCUGCCAUUAAGGAGUCUCUUCUUCAUUUAAAGUCUGUUCCUGGCUGCCAGUCACUUGACCCGAGUGGUCAUUGCUCCUACUACUGCUGUGUUGUUUGUGGAGCAAGCUUCUCCACUUGGCCUUGUUCCUCCUGAGAUGGUUUAGCAUAUUUUCAGAUAGGGGAGUAUCGCCUGUAAACUGGGCCCACCUCUCAAAGAGUGGCUCAACGAUGUAUGUCAUGAACCCUGGGGAAACACACAAGGGACACCAGUUGAGCAACAAAUUCAUUCACAGAGUGCCUUGAGAGCAAUGUAAGUGGCAAAAACCCUGAUAAGAAAUAACAAUAAACCCUCAAACGGACAUGGAGUCCUUUUGAAAUGCACAGCUUUUGACCAGCGUACAUGACAAGACACGGCUUUUGACCAGCAUGUGUAUCAGUAAAAUCUGUGAGAGUUGGCAUCCCUCUGAGGAGAUUUCAGACAAGAAAGUAACCGGUGUUUCAUCCCACAUUGGCUGCAAUUUUUCUUCAUGGACACUUUUUCCCCUAUGCAAUGACUCCUUUGUCUUUCUGUUGAACAUUUGGCUUAGAUAGGUUUCUUUUUGAACAUUUUAAUUUAGAACAUGUUUCGUAACUCUUAUGGUAUCCACAACUAGAGUGGGGUGGAGCGGGUGGUGGAGAAAAGCUUCUCUUUGAGCUUGUGCCAUAGUGAGAUAAACAUGAAGAGAAUUAAAUACUUACCAAUCUGUAUGCUUGGUAUUGUAUCCUUCUGCUGAUUACAAAGGGGGCUUAUUUCCAGUUCAAAUUUUUGUUCUAGAUCACCUGCAAAAAAAAAAAACAAAAAGAGCAAAUAUUUUUGUGCCACUUUUAUCCUUUCUCCAAACCUAUGCCACACUCUUACAGUGACUGCAACUGUGUGAAUUUCAGCAGUCGGAAUCUUCUACCAAUGAUGACCAUGUCAGAUGUCUAAAUACUUUCCUUUUCUGGACCUUUUAGGUAUUAGAGAAACUGAUUAUCCAUACAAAGAAAAAUCUAAGAAAGGAUAACUUUUGAAUGAACAUUAAAUCUGAGCAUGUAAGUGUUCUGAGGAUUUUAAAAUAGACUCCUUCAUGUGAAAGACCUUUAAGACGUUUUAUAGUUCAUUUACUUCAUUCACUGGUUCAUUUACUCAAAUGUCUUCCUAACAGAAAAUUGCAGAAUAUAAAUCUUAGAAGAAAUGUGCCUCUGGUAGUACUGUAGUGUGAGUUGGCUGGGGGAUCUGCUCACUCCAGAUGCCACCUCAGAUUGCUCCUGAUGCAGAACUGGUCAGAUUUGGCAUUGAGAUGAUGCUUAUAAACAGUCAGUAGAAACUAUUUCUGCAGAAACAGCCACACAGGGGAGUCUUCUGUAUAUAGCUAUGACAGGAGAUGUUUUUUAUGGAGUUGAAGGUAAUCAAUAGCAAUGACCACGUGUAUACUGGAGUGGUCACAGAAGACCACAGGCCAGCUGGAUUUAAGAAUUCAGAAAAAAAACAUCUCAGAGAGUCUCAUUUGCUCAUUGUCAUCCAGACAACAGUCACUUGUUCUGCUGGAGAGGUGGCAUUUCCUUGUGCCUGCAAUUACUUUAUACAAAGAUCGCUAUAAGUGAGUAAAGUUUUGUUUUUUAAACAAACUCUGUGAGUGCAACACAUUCAUCCUUUGUGAUUGUUAGUUUUCUCUGCCAGUGUACAAUCCUGAUUACUUUCCAGUCUAUAGUAUGGAAGGGAAGUGAGAGUUAACUGUGUGCAAGCUAAGAUGUGCCCCUUCCCCUCAGAUAACAAAUAUUUUGUCCAUCUGAUUCACUAAUAAGAAUGUAGCGAGGGCUGGUUAGGUAAAAAUUGCCUGUAAGAAAGACUUGCUAGUUCAGGCAAAACACUGCAAAACCCAAUAAAGAAAUAUUUUGCUUUAAAUCCA